UGUAUCAGUGAUGGUGAACCAGAGGGAGGAGAACGGAUGCUUGUCGUUUAAAAGCGACUCGAGUGGGGCGAGUAACAGCGGUGAGAGCUCCAAGGAGAGCUCCAGGUGCUCGACCCCUGUGGGGGACACAGACCGCGGAGACCGACUGAGGGACAAGAUGAGGAAGCGUAUGGAGUCUGGGGAUCGCUGGUUCUCCCUCGAGUUCUUUCCUCCACGCACAGCUGGUGGUGCUGUCAAUCUCAUCUCCAGAUUUGACCGUAUGGGUUCUGGUGGACCUCUCUUCAUUGACAUCACAUGGCAUCCAGCAGGAGAUCCUGGCUCAGACAAAGAGACAUCAUCCAUGAUGAUUGCUAGCACAGCAGUCAACUACUGUGGCCUGGAGAGUGUGCUGCACAUGACCUGUUGCAAGCAAACACAAGAGAAGCUCACAUUCUAUCUGAGCAAGGCCAAGCAUCUAGGACUGAAGAACAUCAUGGCGCUGAGGGGAGAUCCCAUUGGAGCAGACUGGGAAGAAGAAGAAGGAGGCUUCAACUAUGCUGUAGACUUGGUGAAGCACAUUCGCAGUGAAUUUGAUGACUACUUUGACAUUUGUGUCGCUGGCUACCCAACUGGGCACCCAGAGGCUGAUAGCUACGAAGAGGACCUAAAACGCUUAAAAGAGAAAGUGGAUGCAGGAGCACACUUUAUUGUGACUCAGCUCUUUUUCAGAGCUGAAACAUUUCUGAAAUUCCUUAAGGACUGCAGAGCUAUUGGUAUCACAUGUCCUAUUCUGCCUGGAAUAUUCCCCCUUCAGGGUUAUCACUCCCUACGUCAACUGGUCAAACUAUCAAAGCUGGAGGUGCCAGAGGAAAUCAUGAAAGUGAUCGAGCCCAUCAAAGACAAUGACGCUGCCAUCCGCAACUAUGGUGUGCAGCAGGCCGUAGAAAUGUGCAAGGUGCUGCUGAACAGCGGUGAUGUACCUGGCCUGCACUUUUAUACACUCAACAGAGAGGUGGCUACAACUGAAGUACUCCGACAGCUUGGUUUGUGGGCUGAGGACCCUCGGCGACCUCUACCCUGGGCUAUUAGUGCUAAUCCCAAACGGAAGAUGGAGGACGUCAGGCCAAUCUUCUGGUCCUCAAGGUCCAAAAGCUACAUCUAUAGAACACAGGACUGGGAUGAUUUUCCCAAUGGAAGAUGGGGGAACUCCUCAUCUCCAGCUUUUGGUGAACUGACUGACUACUAUUUGUUCUACCUGAAGAGCAAGUCCCCAAAAGAAGCCCUGUUAAAAAUGUGGGGAGAGGAGCUAAUGAAUGAACAGAGUGUGUAUGAAGUCUUCACCAACUAUAUUACAGCACAGGCCAACCAAAAUGGACACAAGGUGAUCUGUCUACCAUGGAAUGAUGACCCUCUGGCUCCAGAAACAAACAUGCUAAAGGAUGCAUUAGCCAAAGUGAAUCGUAGAGGUAUCCUCACAAUCAACUCCCAGCCCAACAUCAACGGCAAGCCUUCUUCUGACCCAGUCGUAGGUUGGGGACCACCAGGAGGAUACGUCUUCCAAAAGGCUUACCUGGAGUUUUUUACAUCAAGUGAAAAUGCAAGUGCCCUUUUAAAAGUGCUGAAGAAAUAUGAGCCACGUGUGAACUAUCACAUCGUCAACGUGCGGGGUGAGAAUAUUACAAAUGCUCCUGAUAUGCAACCCAAUGCUGUAACCUGGGGGAUUUUCCCUGGCAGAGAGAUUGUUCAACCCACGGUGGUGGACCCAGUCAGCUUUAUGUCCUGGAAGGACGAGGCGUUCGCGUUGUGGAUUGAGCAGUGGGGGAAGCUGUACGAGGAUGAGUCCCCUUCCAGAAUGAUUAUCCAGUACAUCCACGAUAACUACUUCCUAGUCAACCUAGUGGACAAUGAUUUCCCCCUGGAAAGCUGUCUGUGGCAGAUCAUUGAUGACAUGUGCGAAUUGCUCAGUGCACCUCCAGUACCACUAGAUGAAAAACUUCAAUAGCCAAUCUGCUGCUGUUUCAUUAUAGGACUUUUGUUAACACCCCACAUAGGCAGUUACUAUAAUGCCACUGACCACUUGGUCGUUGGUACGUAUGAUACUGAAAUCUCAGUAAUAUUCACAGCAGUGAUUUGGUUUUAGUCAUUCAUGUUGAGUGGAUUGUUUUAAAAAGGGUGUAUUAUUAAGGAAAUAUGGUUCUAAACCAUAGAUUAUUUAAUACAGGGCAAAAUUAUUUGCCUACAUUAUGACAGCACUUAAAUUACGAUCAUGAGUUUAACUGAACUGCUUUUAAUGCUAUUUAUAAACAGAACUUUUGGUUGUCGCACAAGUCCAAAGUCUGGGGCAUUUUGAGGCUGUAUUUUGGGAACUUUUGCCAGCUCGAGUACACACGCACACUAAGGAAAGUGUGCUGUGUUUAUAAAGAGAUCAAAUCAGAUGUCAAUGCACAGCAUCCAAAGCCAUAGACGUCGACAGUGAUUGUGAUUACUGUUAUAAACUGAAAAAAAAAACAAUCACUUGUUUAUUAUUUCCCCAGUUUUUGUGGGCUGCUGGUAAAUAACAUCAAAAUAAAAAUGCAUAUUCUGCAAACCAA